GUAAUAAAGAAGAAUCGGGAAAAGUCCAGAAUUUUCUCUACCGGAGAAUUACCGCCGGUUAUUCUCACGUAUCGUUACUCUUAAACGAUAAGGCAAACCGGUCGGACGUGGGAAUAAGAGUCGUGUUAUUGUCGUGCCGCUGUCGUAUCGAACGUUUUUCGAAGAUUUUGCCGUGAAGCCGAUUUAUUGCCGGAUGCUUAUUAAAGUGCGUUUUUCUAAAUGUAUAUCGGUGGUUUAGUAAUAAACUUUCUUUGUUAAUAAUAUUGAAGACUAGUUUGUUUUGAUCCAAGAUUCAAACAUUCAAACAGCUGAUGCGUAUGGAAAACAUCAAGCAUCGGCGUGAGAUACGCGUGAUCACAAGAAGGUCGAGAUUCAUUGCCGAACUCUACGUUGAAUUGAAACCUAUUGGUGUGUUUCACAGAAAACUUUAUUGAAAAUCUUACAAUAUAUACAGGGCUAAGGUAACGCUUUUCACAAAACGCUCAGUAAAUACUGAUAAAUUUUCGUACAAAGAGUUUGCUGGCAGACUUUUCAAACGGAAUGUGCUGUUUGUAAAAACGUCGCUCAAACAGAAUAAGAAUGAUGAUACAAUUCAAAAUGGUACAUGGUAGUAUCGCAAAUAAAAGUUGUUACUUGACUGAAUAUAUUUUGAAAUGACAUCAAUAUGAACAGUGAAAUCAACGUUUGAGACAUGCGCAAAGGAGAAUUUAAGCUGUAUUAACAACAAAUGGUAAAUAACAUCUUUAAAACUAACAAAACUAUUAUAUACAAUCUACCGUUCCAUAUUUACAGUGUGUUUUUUGACUCUCAAUUAGACAAAAUUAAUAAAUUUCAUCUUGACCAAGAAAGAAGGAUGAUGAAAAAGUUUUCGUGGAUUAAACAAAAACAUUAUAAAAAAAUCUCUCUACCUAAGAAACUCACAUAUUUUGCUAUAAACCGCGAUAAACCCCUUUUGAAUAAUAGUUCCAAUUCCUACUACACACAUCCUUCUCACACUUUCUUCUUUUCACCUUCUUUUCAAGCCACACAUACAGUAAACAUCCAAAUGGAACUCAAAUCUCCAACCAAAACAUUACUCGAGCAUAGGAAAAAUUGGUUUAUUAAUCUCACCAGCACUCCCAUUCCUGAUAAAGUUGUUGGUUUAUUGCAACAUGGUGAAAAUUUCAGCCUUCCCACCAAAAAUAAUUCUAAACUAAUAUUUGAAAUGAUAAAAAAUUUUGAAUACAAUAUUAAGAUAACAAUACAUUUAGAUAACAAUAAAAAAAUUGACAGUCGCAACCGGUUUGUUCCUAUGUUCAAACAAUUGAGAGUUUCUAAUUUUACUAACUUAUUACAUGAUAUUGAAAUUAACAAUGCUCUUAAAUAUACUAACUCAUUUGUGAAACACCAUCCUUCUAUUAUCUACACUAGAGCGGAUAAGGGCAACACUGUAGUCGCGAUGGAUAAAGUUAAAUAUACUCACGAUAUGGAGAAUUUUUUAUUGGACAUUAACACUUAUGCCCCAAUUAAAAAGAAUCCGGUCAAUUCUAUAUUAAUUUCGUUAAAAGCUUUGUUAAAAAAAUGGAGGUCUCACGAUUAUAUCUCGGACAUCUCUCACCGUAAUUUAAACUCAUCUUUACCAAUUCUCCCUAGAGCUUAUGGUGUGCCAAAGAUCCGGUAAUCCACUUAGAAUGAUUAUUUCUUCAAUUAACAGUCCGUUACACAACCUUGCUUUUUUCUUACACAAGAUCAUUUCCAAAAGUAUUCCACCUCCUAAAAGUUUUGUUUUCAACAGUUUUCACCUUUCAAAGAUAAUUUCUGGUGUGAAAUUUGAGCACUCUUUUGAACUAAUUUCUCUCGAUGUUACAUCUUUGUUUUCCAAUAUUCCACUGAACUUAGUAAUUAAUAGUUUGGAGACAAGAUCUCAUAAGCAAGGAAACGUCCUUACCUAAAGAAGAAUUUUUCACCGCUAUUAAAUUCGUAUAUAAUUCAACUUUUUUUAUUUUUAAUAACCAAUUUUAUCGACAGACCUUUGGCGCACCAAUGGGUUCACCCCUUUCCCCCAUUUUAGCUGAUAUUGUUAUGCAAGACCUCGAACAGAACAUCAUUAAUUCUUUACAUUUCCAACCUCCUUUCUAUGUUCGAUAUGUCGACGAUAUAGCUCUAAUGGUUCCUGAUGACAGCUUUGACUUAGUCCUUCAUCUCUUUAACUUUUAUCAUCAUCGCCUACAAUUCACCAUGGAGAUAGGCUACAACAAACUGAAUUUUCUGGACAUCACCAUAAUUAAGAGAAAUAAUUCUUUGAUACAUGACUGGUAUUACAAGUUGACUUUUUCUGGCAGAUACCUUAAUUUCCAUUCCAACCAUCCAACCAGCCAGAAAAAAAGCACAGUUAUAGGUCUCAUUGACAGGGCCUUUUUUAUCUCAUCCUGACUUUCAUAAGAAAAACUUUUACUACAUUAUUAACAUUCUGAACGACAAUAAUUACCCUAUUGACUUCAUUUAUAACAUUUUAAAAAAAAGACUUAAAUAUAAUUUUUUAAAGAAUAAUAACU